UGAGCUACAAAACCAGCCAACGUUCCUCUGUCUAUAAAUCGUUUCUUCUCCAUACAUCUCAACAUCGAAACACACAAACUCAACUUGCGAAUAUCAAACGAUCAAUAACUACCUACUUCAGUUACAUACCAUUCACUUUCUUUCAACCAAGAAUCAAUCAACAAUAACACCGCAAUCAUGAAGGUAUCAGGAAACCAAACCAAGAUUCAUUACAAGGGUACCAAGACCGAUGAGGACUUCAUUGUCUUCGUAGAUUCAGACGAAGAUCUUAAGAAGUGGAAGGGAGAUAAGAGCACUCCUCUUGCACAAGUUGUUGGGCUUUUCAAGGUCUUUGUCACACACAAGUAAGCUUUUCCUCUCAUCAUUACCCCACACUAUGCUGUAUAUCAGCUACUAUACCAGCACUCUUUACCAUGCAGAAAAUCAUCAAAUCCUCUCGGUUUCUUCUAUAAAUCAUCAAACUAACAUUACAUCCCUCUAGGCAUGGAGCUCAAGGAAGUCUCGACGAAGCUUCAGUAUCUCAAUUAGAGAAUGAGUUUGGAACUAAGGUCGACGACGAGGUUAUCAAGGUUAUUCUCGAAAAGGGCGAGGCGCAACAUGGUCCUGUAUGUUUAUUUCUUACUUCCUCUCUCCACACACAUAUAUCAUCAUUAAAAAUGCUAACAUGCUCCUUCACAGGCGAUGGAAAAGACCGGCCCCAAGAACGAUAGCAUGGGAGCCAUGGCUGCUCACUAGAGUAUUCACAUUGGAGUUGGCGAAUGGUUGGGCACGGACGGUAUGGGAUGGGAUAUGAAGAAAUGAUUAUUUUUUACAUGCAUGAUAUGACAUGACAUAACAUGGCACAACUUUUGCUGGAGAUAUGAUUUGAUACCUUCGCAGAAAAGGAUGGGAAAAUAAAUACGCAGCGUCAUGAAUCAAAUUUGAUGACAUGUUAUCGGCUGCUUAGUAGCGGGGAAGGCACUAGACCAAGGGCUAAUACCUAGCUAUAGAUGCUCAAUUAAAAGAAGUAAAAUCCAUCCAUUCA